AUGGGCUCCUAUAAAUCCUGCCAAGCUGGCAGCUACAGCUCAACAGACAGUUCAUCCUCAAAAAGCACGGCAGCAACAAUUCACAGCGAGAGAACAGUCCCCAAACCACACAAAAAUGACUGGGUCCCCAGCUCAACCCGAAGACACACCUACAGAUCCGAAGCUGAAGCCGAAGUUAAGUAUGAGAGUCGCGAGCAACGCCCUCGCUCCUCAACUUCAACCUACGCUUCAACAACAAACUCCAUAGCCGAACUUGAUCCCGAGCCCCAACAAACCGAGGCCUCAAGCCCCCACGAGGGCCGCUACUGCGUAAAUGAGCGGCAAGAAUUUUAUCCACUAGAUGCAAUCCCCUCAACACCCUCAUCCUUCGCGCCGCUCUUCCCGUCUUCGCGGCGACUGCUUAUCCGCCACGACGACACAACCAUCGACGGAAAUAUGAACUUGCGCGUCGACACGCCCGUUCAUCUCCGUGACGGCUCCCAGCGCGACGUUAUCCUCUUCCACCUGCGCAUGUACGACCUCUUCUCGCGGAAGUUCUCUUUCAGACGGUACUGCCGGGACUCAGGGCGCGAGGUGUGCCAUUCUGCGAGGCGGGAGGUCGUGCCUGCUCAUGAGCGAAGGCCUGCACUGCGAACCUCAUGGAGUAAUGUUUUUGCUGGGUUCAGGCCUGGUUCAGCAGGUUGUCAUUGUCAGCCGAAUGGGGAGCUUAAGAGGCAGGAUUCGGGGCAUGGGGCUGGCUGUCCCCAUGGGAAUAGACAUGGACAUAGCCAUGGCCAUGGCCUUGCUGCGGGGGAAGAGGUAGAUGAAAAGACGAUCGGGGAGGAUGAGUUGGAGAAGGAGAAGGAAGGACAGUGCACUUUGCCGAUACUGGGUGAGACAAUUUUGCUCGAAUUCUCGAAUUAUGCGCAUGUCGAGCUACGCCGCAAAGGACCUGGCUCGACUAAGAAGUAUGAGUUCGAGUAUUGGUCCACGAAGUACCAGUGGCGGAGGGAGGUCCGCAAAGAGGGUGAUCUGCACGAAGUGUCUUAUUUCUUGGUUGACACGCGCACUUCCAAGACUAUUGCUCAUUUGGUUCCGGAUACGUUGGCGCCGUUGGAGGUUGUUGAGGAGGAAAGUAAGGGGGGUUGGGUGCCACCCUCUUCAUUGUGGAUCAGUGAUCCUGAAGUUUGCAAGACGAUGCCUGAUGUUGCCGAUGUGAUUGUCGCAACAGGGAUAGUCGCGCUAGUUGACGACUGCAUUCGUCGUCGCUGGCAUCACGAGCGGCGUCCGUCCUGGAUCCUGCCCGCUCAGCACUCGUUAGCAAAGAGUCUGGAGCGCAUGGGCCCUCGGCGCCUGAUCGGCCAGGUAUUGCAGCGGAGAGGAUCCGCCUAA